AUGGCCCCCAUCGGAGUAGCAAUUGUUGGCGGUGGCAUCUUUGCCAAGGAGCAGCAUCUGCCAGCCGUGGAAGCAAGCGACCAGCUCACACUUAAGGCCAUCUACUCGCGGUCCCAUAAGUCCGCCGAGGACACGGCGAAGCUCGUCACCAAGUCCACUUCACCCGACCUGUACUCGGACGAUUCGGGCGAUGGCAAGUCGUUCAAGGAUCUCCUGGCCCGCAACGACAUCCAGGCCCUCAUCCUGGCUCUGCCCAUCGUCAACCAGCCCGAGUACAUUGAGCAAGCACUCGCUGCCGGGAAGCACGUCCUGGCCGAGAAGCCCAUCGCCGCCGAUGUCUCCCGAGCUCAGAAGCUGAUCGAGUACUACAACAAGGUCUCCGCCGAACAGGGCGUCACCUUUGCGGUUGCUGAGAACUACCGUUUCCAGCCCCGCUAUACAACUGCGCGGGAUGAAGUGCAGAAGUUGGGCAAAAUCAUCGGCUUCAAUGUGAGGGUUUUCUUUUUCGUGCAGUUGGGCGGCAAGUACAUUGAGACGGCGUGGCGCAAGAAGCCAGACUACCAGGGUGGGUUUCUUCUCGAUGGUGGCGUCCACUUCGCCGCUGCCCUCCGGCUGCUGCUCGGCAAGGAGGCGGCGCCGGACUCGGUUGCGGCAUUCUCCGACCUGACACAGAAGCAUCUGCCCCCCAUUGACACCAUCAAUGCUAUCGUCAGGACCAGGUCGGGUGCUACAGGCUCCUUCGCCGUCAGCGUCGGCUCGCCCCUGAGCGCCUUCGACUUCCAUGUGGCGGGCGAGAAGGGCAGUGUCACCUUGUCGAGCCAUGACUUGACUGUCAAGCCCUUUGACGGCGAGGCACGGACAGCCCAGUUCGAGCAGACGAGUGGUGUCAAGGAGGAAGUCAAAGCAUGGGCAGAAGGUUUGGUGGCAGGAAAGCCGAACCCCUUGCAGUCUCCCGAGGAGGCCUUGGCCGACCUGGAGUUCCUUGAGAAGAUCUUCAAGAGUGGUGAACAGGACGGUGCGACUCAAAAGCUGCAGCUUCAACUGUAA